UUUGAGGGGGUUUUGUUCAUAACUAAGAGCGUCUUCGUAGAACGUAUAUCAGAGGAAAGACAGGUAAAGAUUAAACCAAGCAUGGACUUCAAGAUAAUCAUACUUGCUUCAUUAGUUGGAGGAACAUUUGCUAAAUCGAUUGAUUGUAGUGAUAUUCAGCAAAAGAGUUACACUUCAACAGGAACAUACGAAAUAUUUCCAUACAAGCAGCGAAAAGGAAUUUUAGUCAGAUGUGACAUGGAUACAUCUACGGGAGGAUGGACCGUGAUACAAAGGCGUAUAUCUGACUCGGACUUUUAUAAAAAUUGGCAGGAAUAUAAAGAUGGCUUUGGAGAUCUUAAAACAAAUUUCUGGCUUGGAAAUGAAAACAUCCAUCAGAUUGUAAGGCAGGGAAGAUACGAAUUACGAGUAGACCUAACAAGCUCAGACGGUCAAAAGGCUUAUGCAGAGUAUCGUGAGUUCUCUAUUGGUGACGAACAUUCUGGAUAUAAACUUUACGCAAGUGGGUAUUCUGGAACAGCCGGUGACGCCUUUACAUUAAAAGGUAAUGGGAUGAAGUUUUCAACAUAUGAUAAGGAUAACGAUGUAGCUCACAACGAGAAGUGUGCAGUAAGAUACCAUGGUGCUUGGUGGUACGAAAAAUGCCACGUUUCAAAUCUGAAUGGUGACUAUGGGAAUACGGGAUGGGCCAUUGGACCUGUCUGGUAUCCAUGGAAAGGACACAACCAUCCGAUGAAAGCAACUGAGAUGAAAAUUAGACGAAUCUGUUGUUGUAACUGAAAUAUAUCUGGACUUAUACACGAAUUUGCUAUUUAUUAUGCAUAGUAAACCUACUUGCUAAAUUAACUGUAUGACUAAUGUUGCUUUUUGUAUGGUAAUUAACCAAGACUUUGCUUUGUUAUUCUGCUAUUUUUAAGGGAAAAAACAUAUUUUUUCAAUUGUGUGUAUAAAUUUGAUUUGAAUUUAAAAUGCUUAGUUUUUGUGAAUUCACUCAACUAGUUGCUCUUUACUUUUCUCCUUAAAAUACAGAUACCUAUUUUUAUUUCUGUUAAAAGUAAAAGUAAAAAAUGUUUAAUUAAUCAAAACACCCUUUAGAUAUUUAGGAGUAUAUUAGACAAAAAUUUCAACUGUCAUUUUGAAAUGUUGAUAAUGUUACACAGUAUGAACUCUUAUCAAUCACAUGCUUAUCGAUAGAAAUGUAAAAUAAUUACACAGUAUAUUUUCGAAUGGCUGUUUUCGCUUGCGCGUCUUCAAAAUUUGCACAUUUAUUUUUCUAAUAAAUUUGACGGAUUCUCAUCAAAUUAAGUUGAUUCAUAAAAUAGUUUCAUGCAACGCUACAAUGAAUCCUAAAUGGCGCACAAGACUUGCAGAAGCUUUUAAUUGUAACGUUAAUUUUGCGUGGUUUAAAUAGAAUAAUUAGCUAGGAUUUUUUUAACAAACAUUUGUUUGUAAAUUAUAGUUUUUUAAUAACAAAGACAGCAAAGACAACAAAUAGAAAAUCCAAACCGUUGUGUUUUCAAAUGAACUCUGUUGUCAAAUUUUAUUUGAAAGAAAUGGAAUUUGUGGAAAGUAACUGUUUUUAUUUAUUAGCAAUGGGACAGUUUUAUAUUGCAGUUAAUACGUACAUGCGGACAUACUGAAACUUUUAAAUUAAUUCGACCGAUUUAGACUGAAAUAUCAGGAAAACAUAACUUUUAAAAGUGAAACUCUAUUGAUUUUUGCUGGAUUUAGGUUAGAGAUGAUUACGUGUACUUUACAUACAAAUGUAUUAUAUAUUUUCUAUACACAGUACUUAUAAUUAUAAAAUAAUGAUAAUUAA